CAGAAAGAUUUCUAAUUUGCCGGUUGACCGUCCUGUCAUUCUACUCGCACGGUUUCAAGAUAGUCUACUUAACGCUCAUGCCAAGGUGCCAAGGCGUGAAUUGAACGUGUACAGUUAAACCCCGAACUACGAACAUUACACGCGUAUAGCAUACACUGAUCAUCAUGCGUUGGGUACCAUUAGAAUCCAACCCAGAUUUAUUCACAACAUGGUCUGAAUCUAUGGGAUUGGAUACGUCAAAAUAUGCAUUCACAGAUAUUUAUGGAUUGGACGAUGAAGUGCUAGCAAUGGUCCCACAGCCGGUAGAGGCGGUCUUGUGUUUGUUCCCCGUCACAAAAGAGAAUGAAAAAGUGAUGGUCAAAGAGGAUCAAGAAACUCAACCAUUCGUAGGACCUGAGAAGGAAGAUGAUCUGAUCUACUUCAAACAAACAAUCAGUAAUGCAUGCGGUACAAUCGGGCUAUUACAUGCCAUCGCAAACACUUCUGCACGAAAGACUCUCUCUCCAGAAUCACCAAUGGGACAACUUUUGCGUGAUGCUCUUCCUCUCAAUGCUACCGAUAGAGCCGCAUUCUUGCAAACAUCAAAAAGCCUAGCACAAGCACACACUACAACAGCCUCAAGUGGUCAAACAGCUGCACCAUCUGCAGAUGAUCCGGUAGAUUUGCACUUUGUUUGUUACGUUCGCGAUCCAAAAUCCAAAAAGUUAUUUGAACUAGACGGAAGAAGGAAAGGACCGGUUGAUCGUAAAGUUGACGUUCCACAACAGGAAGAUUUGCUCAAAACGGCCACUAAAUGGGUUCAUGAGAAUUAUAUGCAACUCAAUCCUGAAGAAGUUAACUUUAAUCUGAUAGCACUUGCCUCAAUGGCGUAAAAUGUAUUAACACCGAGAUUCAUUCAAUUCAUAAAUAGCACAUAAGCAUCAUCAUCAUCAUCAU